ACUCAAUUUAAUUUUAUAUCUGAAUCAGUCUUUCAUCUAUCUUAAGAUUCCUCAAGCCAUGCAUAACAUGCAUGUUAGUAACCGGAAGCAUACCCCUUUUGUCCCCACAGUUGUUGGUUUAUAGUUUCUAAGAGCAUUAGACCAUCAGCAUUGGUAAACCUCACUUUUCGAUUCCCAAUGCUCCUAUUAUUACUAUUUUAAUUUCGUUUUUCGAUUUAUUUAAAAAAAAAAAAAUUAAUAUUCAUCCAAUUGCGGGCCGCCGCGUGGCGUGGGACCCGCAUAACAGUUAUGAUACGGGGUCUUCUCAGCGACCUCGCACGACGCGGGUUCAACACUAUUGAAAUAUUUUAAUAUUUUUUUUUUUGUGAAAAACUGUGUAAACUUUUGCUAUAAUCCUUCAAUGCUGAUGCUCUUAGCAGCAACAUAAUCUCUCAUCCAAGUACCUAAUGUAUAUAAUAUUAGUAAAAUUUAUUGUUUCAACAAAAAAUUUAAAUAUUAUGAAACCAAACUAAUCAGAUAAUAAUUACAAGUGUAGAAGUAGUACCUAAACUUAGUGGAAGAGUCUCCUUAUAACGAGACGUCUCUCUUUUUUUCCCUUCUUCUCUUCUCUCAUACUUUUCUACUAGGAUAAGACCUGCGCAUUUCUAUUAGGAUAAGACCUGCGCAAGCGCAGGAUGAGUUUAUAAAAUUAAAAUAUAAAACAUAUGGUUUUGACAAAGUAAACAUUUAUAUAUAACUUUGGGUUGUUUAUGUAAUCAUCUAUACAUUGGAUGGAGAAGUGUGUAUCAAAAAUUAGAAUUUCUUAUGAGGCCAAUUUAUUUGGAUAUUUUAAAGUCAUACUAAUAAAAGUAUUUUCUAUUUUCUUUUAUUAACUUAUAGAUGAUUAAGAUUUGAAUAUAAUCAAAAUUUAGUAUAAGAAUUUGGAACGCUCACAUUAAUUUUUUAUUUAAUAAAAUGGAAAUCCCUAUAAAAAAUACAGAUUGGGUUAACUUAAAAUUAGUAAAUAAGAUACUUAUGGGCCAUAUCAAGACAACAAACAAUUGACAAACCCGAUUUUUAAAUUAAUAUGGAGACGACAUUUUUUUUGCUUUAAAUCUGAAGCUGAGUAGAUAGUUCGAAAAAUGAUUGUUUCGUUUGAGAACAAACCCUAGUUUAUAUAGUACUCCUAAGUCUUGAUGCAAAAGCUAUGCGUUAUCGCCAAGUAAAAGAUACGGAGGAUCUCUGAAUAUAAAAAUGAGAAAAUUUCGGAAUAAAUGAUUCAUAAUUCACUCUUACAUUAUAGGAAACUUUCAUUUAGUCAAAAAUAUCUAAUGAGGAUGCAAUUAAAUCUUAAGAUACAUCCCACAUUACUUUAGCUCAUGAAUAAAAUCGAGCUUGGGAACCAAGUUUUGUCCUUAUUAUUAACGUUCCUUUUACUGUGAAACUAACAAAUCCCCUAUAAUGUGUGAUCAUUAUUAUUCAUUUUGCAUUCCUUUUAUGGAGAUUUUGGAAUAUUCCAAAUUAAGAGCAAAUUAAUUACAUAUCCCAUAGAUCACGCAUGUACCCAAUUUUUUUACAUUUAUACAUGUUUCCUUUUUUUGUCAGCCAUAUACGAAUCACCUGUAUACCAUAUCCCGUAAGUCAUGUAUGUACCCAUUAUUAUUAUCACAUAAAAGUUCAAGGACAACUAAUGUAGACAACUCUUAAAAAUUGAAAACCAAAUUAAAAACAUCGAGUCAAAUUGAUAUAAGUAAACCGCAAGGUAAUUUGUUUUUGUUCCGACGGAUUAAACCAAUUGUUGUAUUAGAGAUGUAAUUGAUCAAACGAAAGGCUGAAACAGAUGGUGAUAUAUUUAGUUACACCUUCGGUGCUGGCUGGAAAUCUAUAAUGCCUGGAAUAACCAUUUUAUCACCAUAGUAAUGCAUCAAUUGUUUUAGCUUCUACUCCAAAUAUAAAUGGCUGAAAUAGUCGAAGAUUGAAUGUUGGAGCUCUGGCACAUGAUACCCAUUUGAUAGAACAAUAAAACAAAUUUGUCUUUUUGUAGACAAAGGUAGUUUGGGAUGCAAGGAAUCAACAUUAGCUGACAAUGGUGUUGGUCUGUGAAGUAAAUAGAGAACCGAGUUGGUAUGUUCCAAUAAAUUAACACAGAACAAUCUUUAUAGUUGAAAAUGGUAUCGGUGGGAUCAAAUAAAGUGAGAACCGAGUUGGUUAGCUUGAAAGUGGUGAAAUAAAUAGAGAACCGAGUUGGUACGUUCCAACAAAUUGUCGGUGUGUAAAAGUGAUUGUAGGACAAUAUGGAUAUUAUUUAAAUCAUGUCGGACGAAAUACUUAAGCCAAUGGCAUUUGAUGUAAAUUUUCUAGUAAUGAAAGGGCAUUCAAAUAACUUGGCUGAGAAUGACUGUAAGCAUGACACAUCAUCAAAAUGGCAGUCUUGUAAAUAAAGUACAAAAUAAAGGUUAGUCUUAAAAAAUGAUUCUCUAUUAAUACGAAAGGGAUUUUAUUUAGUAUUUUAACUUGGAAAACUUUUAUCCAUUUUUGCUCAAUUUUAUAAGAUAUUUUCACUAAAACUUAAAAAGAGAGAAAUAUUUUAAGAUAACAGUAAAACAUGUUUUUAUUUUUAAAAUAAUACACAAAAAUAUAAAAUAGCAAUUCCUUAAUAUGACACUUAAUAUGAAACAUAUAGAAUAUCAUCUAAUUUAUUCUUUUUUUGCUGAGUCCAAUAGACUGUUAAAUCUAAUUGUAUCAGAGAUAUAUACUACAAAUAAUUAUUAUAAAUUUAAAUGUGAUACGAGUGAUUAUAAUUUAGAACUGAAAGAUGCCAGGCCAGGAUUAAUGUUGAUAUUUGAAAUCUUAUUGUAAUUAUUUUUCCCUCCAUUAUCUAAUGAUGUAUUUGAAGAAUACUUUAGCAGUUAUGAUAUAAUUAGAGGUAAAUCCACAACAGAUGUAUCGGAUUUCAAAGUCCGCUAAAACCCAGAUUAAAGGUUAAUUAGAAGUCCGCGCAACGAGUAACAAACUUUUUGGGGGUCCUAUAAAGUCCGCGACUCUAACUAACUUUUUCACUCUCUUCACAAAGUCCCAGAGAGAGAGAGAUUCUCUUCGACGGCGAUUCGCUUGCGGACUUCAUCCUCCUCCGCCUUCUUCCACUUCACUCUCCGCCGCGCUCGCUCACCGCUCCAGGCUCUUUCUCCGACUGUUCGCUCCGCGGCUUCGUUGUUUCUCAAGUGAAGAAACUAACGGCAAAAUGUGUUCAUCAGGAACGGGAUCGCCUGAGAAUCCAAUCGGUGAAGAAGAAGAGUCACUUGAACUCAACUCGACUGAAGAAAUCGACUCGGGCGAUGAAGCUGCGAAUCCUAUGACUAGCGAUGCAGCUCAGAUCCUCCCAUUGCUACAGAAUCUCCUGCUCAACAAUGACAUCCAGAGGGAGAGGUUAACCGGAUUGUUUCAACUCUUUGCUCCAGCUGCUGAAGACACAAACGCAAACGUGAAUACCGAAGACGAGCAGACAGCAAGGGAGGCAGCUCUAUCUUCUCAGGUUCAUUUCUUGGAGCAGAGGGUGCAGAUGCUUGAAGAGGAGCUUGAGAAUCAGAAGAAACUAAACGCUCAGCUAGAAGAACAGAUCAAGCGCUUGACGACGACGAGCAGUGAUCCAGAAAGGCAGGAUUGACUUUGGGCUCCAUCUUGACGGAGGCAUAUGCACCACUCUCUUUGCACUCUUUUUUUUACUCUCUUAAAAAACGUUAUGGAGAGAUAAACCGCUUUGGUUGAUGAUCCAUUCUUUGAUUGAUCAGUUUACAAGUUUCCUCUAGUCAUAUAGAAUGACUCCCUCUUUUUGUAUAUAAAUAAUACUGAAACUUUACUAGCUUUUGAAACAAAGUGGAAGAAGAAAUGAUUUUAAUCCUUCAUUUUUUGCUUGACAUGUCUACGUAAAUGAUUAGAGAAUGUGAUUUCUUGUUAGGCAAUCAACACAAACAUAUUAAUACCUCUCGAUACCUACUCCACAUUCAUGUAACUAAUGAAAAUCAAGCUUUCUUAAUCAUGGGCAUAUUCAAUUCAUUAUGUAUCUGAAUCAAUUUGUCAUCUAUCUUAAGCUUCUCCAAACCAUGCAUAACAUGCAUCUUAGUAACCGGAAGCAUCCCCAAACCGAAAUAACCAGACCGACUCUAUUUAAAGUAAUAACCAACCACUAAUUAUAAUCGGCUCAUAGGCCCAUUAAUUACAGAUCUAAUAAGUCCAUGAUGCUUGGCCGUCACGUCGCUCUCCUACCUACACCUUUUAAAUAACAAAACGUUUAAUCUUUUAUUCAACAAAGGCAUCUAUACAUUUUUGGACUCUUUUGCGCACUUAAUUUUUUAGUUAAUGAAAAAAUUAAAAAAAAAAAAA